ACUGGGUGUUGACUGUUUUGGUCGAGGGUUUGAAGCGGGUUGUCUUUGGUGUCUCUCAGUUCCUCCGUCUCGCUCUGAACCCGACUGGAGCAGCUGGAGCUCCAGUGGCGAAGCCGAUCUUCGUCGUGCUAGUGAUGGGUGGUAUCUCUUUGCCAAGGGCUUCUGUAUCUGACUCCUACUUGAUUAAAUGAGCAAGGGGCAACAACUUGUCAAGAAAUAUGGUGGUUGUUUAUCUAUUCUGUAUAUUUAUGUUUUUGCUCUCCAGAGUUGAAUCCGAUCCGCAAGGUGAUGCAUUAUAUGACAUGAAAAUGAGGUUAAAUGCCACUGGGAAUCAGCUUAGUGAUUGGAAUCGAGAUCAGGUCAAUCCUUGCACAUGGAACUCUGUUAUUUGUGACAGUAACAGCAAUGUCAUUCAAGUAACAUUGUCUUCAAUGGGAUUUAAUGGAGUUCUGUCACCAAGAAUUGGAGAACUUCGAUAUCUAAAUGUUUUGUCAUUGCCAGGUAACAAUAUAACCGGUGGAAUACCAGAACAGUUUGGUGGCCUCUCUAGUUUGACCAACUUGGAUUUGGAAAAUAAUCAUUUAAGUGGAGAAAUACCAGCUUCCCUUGGCAAGCUUUCUAAGCUUCAGAUAUUGAUUCUUAGUCAAAAUAAUCUUACAGGGAACAUUCCUCCUUCCCUCACAAAUCUUGGUGCCUUAAAUGACAUUCGUCUAGCUUUCAAUCAUCUUUCUGGAGAAAUACCUGGAGAGCUCUUUCAAGUAGCUAGAUACAACUUCACAGGAAACAAUCUGAACUGUGAUAUAAAUUACCAACACACUUGUGCUUCUAUCAUGCCUGUUCAAGGAAAAUCCCAAAAUUCAAAAGUAGGAAUUGUGCUUGGAAUUGUUGGAGCUGUCAUAUUAUUGCUUGUUAUGGGUGUCAUAUUUUUCUUAUGCAAGGGGCAGAGAAAGGGUUAUCAACAAGAAGAAUUCGUUGAUGUUGCAGGUGAAGAUGAUCGCAGAAUUGCUUUUGGACAGUUAAAAAGAUUUGCUUAUCGAGAAUUACAGAUUGCAACUGAUGGAUUUAGUGAAAAAAAUGUCCUUGGCCAGGGUGGUUUUGGAAAAGUAUACAAAGGAGUGCUUCCAGAUAGCUCUAAAAUUGCUGUAAAACGAUUAACUGACUAUGAGAGUCCAGGUGGGGAAGCUGCUUUUUUACGUGAAGUAGAGAUGAUAAGUGUUGCUGUCCACAAAAAUCUUUUGAGGUUGAUUGGCUUUUGUACAACACCGACAGAACGUCUUCUUGUCUAUCCUUUUAUGCAAAAUUUGAGUGUUGCAUACCGGUUACGAGAAUUUAAAACAGGGGAGGCAGUAUUGAAUUGGCCAACAAGAAAAAGAGUGGCACUAGGUACUGCACGUGGAUUAGAGUACCUUCAUGAACAUUGCAGUCACAAAAUAAUACACCGCGAUGUUAAAGCUGCUAAUAUCUUACUUGAUGAGGACUUUGAGGCUGUAGUAGGUGAUUUUGGGUUAGCAAAAUUGGUAGAUGUGAGGAAGACAUCUGUGACAACUCAAGUUCGGGGAACUAUGGGUCACAUAGCACCUGAGUAUUUAUCCACCGGAAAAUCAUCUGAGAGAACUGAUGUUUUUGGUUAUGGAAUUAUGCUUCUUGAACUUGUCACUGGACAACGUGCAAUAGAUUUUUCACGCUUGGAGGAAGAAGAUGAUGUUUUAUUGCUUGACCAUGUAAAGAAGUUACAGCGAGAAAAGCGUUUGUCUGACAUUGUCGACAGAAAUCUCAAUAAUGAAUACGAGGGCCAUGAAGUCGAAAUGAUGAUCCAAGUUGCUCUUCUUUGCACCCAAGCUUCACCAGAGGACCGCCCAACAAUGUCCGAAGUGGUGCGGAUGCUUGAAGGAGAGGGUCUUGCUGAGAGAUGGGAAGAGUGGCAGCAAGUCGAAGUGACCAGAAGGCAAGAGUAUGAAAGGAUGCAGAGAAGGUUCGACUGGGGAGAGGACUCUUUGUACAACCAAGAUGCAAUUGAGCUGUCCGGUGGAAGAUAACACGUAAGAUGUAAAGUAGGGAGGAAAAGACUCGUCUACAUCCAAUGCAAGCUGUAUUGUUGAAGUCAUUUACUCUAUUUCCUCAGCGUUUCAAAAUGGUUCUUGCAUUUUGUACAAGUUCAAGAUGUUCUGGCACUUGAAUUGCCAUUUUCUCUUGCAUCAAAUUGCCUCGAUGGAAAAACCAAUUGGGUCAUGGUUUAUUCACACAUAUCUUUGCUCUC